CAGGAAGAUUUGUGCAGCUGCCGAGACUGACCGGAAGAUGCUGUCGGACACUGUGCUUGAACUGGGAUUCAAGGCGCCUGAGGCUGACCAGCACAGAGACGACAUCAGAAGACAAGAGGUGUUGAUCACGCGGGAAGAACUGGAGGAGGACGACGAGAUUGACGAGAUUGACGAGGAUGACGAGGAUGAUGAGGAUGAUGUCGAUGAUGAGGAGAAUCAGGAUGAAGAAAGGGAAGAGAUGGAGAUUCAAGAGCUGGAAGAGUUGGAAGAGAUGCUUGAAAUGACGCAGAAUGAAGAUGAGCAGAACGAUGGCACCCGAAAGUUGUCUGAUGUCCAAAUGAGACGCCAAGCGCGCGUGGACUGGAAGCCGGAGGUGGUGCUUCAACAGAUCAGUGCAGAGGAGUUGUCCAAAGCAAAGAAGCUCAGUCGUGCAGCAAUGUACAUGCAUCACAUCACGGCACCCUGGAAGCAGAGGUUCAUCAAAGAGGCUGCGAAGCGUGCUGGUCUCUCUGGGAUUUGCGUCUUCGGAAAGCCUGGACGAAUUCUUGUAGAAGGGCCGCUGGAGUUGGUUUCCCGGUACGCAGCCCGGAUAAAGUCAUGGCCUUGGAAGCGCUGUGACUUACAGGGGCCUUGGACAGUGGAUGGUGAUCGCGCCUUCCAUGGCUUCAGAGAGAUCAAGAAGGCAGACUUCAAGAAAGAAGUGGCUGCGGCCGGUCUUUCUGAGCAGCUCAAAGGCAUCAGGUCAGGGUAUGAGUGGGGAUGGAAUUGCUACUAUUGCGAUCAAGUGCAUCGGAACCACAUCUCGAAGGCUUUGCCACCUUCAGGCUCAUCUUGCCUUGCCUUUUGCUACGACAACUGGCAGUGCAGUGGCCUGAAGCUGAGUUUUGUGCAGGAUCCUUCUAGACUCAGCUUCUUGAAUUUGGAGCUGACGAUUGCUGCUUCAAUGCCCCAACGUGAGACCGCACAGGCAAAGCAGACCGAGCCCCUGUUGGCCAACGCUGCCGUGCUAGUCUCUGAGGACAUGGCAAUCCGCGUGUAUUCGGCGAAGUCCAAAGCCUUGCUAUCUACACUCCCGCCACCACCCAACAGCAAGGUGCAAGUUCUUGAAGUCUUUCUUUGCCCUGUGUGGCAGCUGCUGAUCCUUUGGCUUAGUUCUGAAGAGGUAGCAAUUUUCUAUGUGCCGUCAGCGCCGCUGGAAAAGCAGUCAAAGGCAGAGGACGUCGUUUUGCACAAUUACACUGGCACUGGGGAGGACAAGGUUCCUCGCAGUCGCGCGGCCACACCGCUACUUCUGCGGCGAUUUGGCAUUGUGGAGGCUGGGGGAUACUCUGAUGCACACAGUGAAGGACUGCGUGCGCGAUUCUGUGCCGAGGGGACCUUGAAACAAAUCAUUGGGGUGAAUGCAGAGUUGCCCAGCAGGUGCUGGCAGACGACAGCUCUCCUGCUUCGCCUCGAAGGCAGCGUGAUCUAA